CUAGACCCAACUCUUCAAGAUGGGUCGAAUAAAGAAGAAAGGAACCGCUGGCGCGGCCAAAAACUUCAUCACCAGGACCCGCGCAGUCAAAAAGUUGCAGAUUUCGCUGCCAGAUUUCCGAAGGCUAUGUAUCUUCAAGGGGAUAUACCCUCGCGAACCGCGAAAUAAGAAGAAGGUCUCAAAAAGCUCUACUGCUUCCACUACCUUUUACUACACCAAAGACAUACAGUACCUCCUUCACGAACCUCUCCUGAACAAGUUCCGGGACCAUAAGGCCCUUGCGAAAAAGAUUGGACGCGCUCUCGGUCGAGGAGAGGCUGGAGAUGCUGCCCGCUUGGAGAAAAACCUGACACCGAAGAUGACUCUGGACCACAUCAUAAAGGAACGAUACCCUACCUUCGUCGAUGCUCUCCGCGAUCUGGACGACGCUUUGUCCAUGCUGUUUCUCUUUGCGAACUUGCCGUCCACUUCUGCGGUGCCUCCCAAAACUAUCGCACUCUGCCAACGGCUGUGUCUGGAAUUCGAGCACUACCUGAUCAUAUCUCACUCUCUCAAGAAGUCAUUCCUGUCGAUCAAGGGCAUCUACUACCAGGCUACGAUUCAGGGUCAGGAUAUUCUCUGGCUUGUUCCAUACAAGUUUGUUCAGAAUAUCACUGGAGAUAUCGAUUUUCGUAUAAUGGGUACCUUUGUCGAAUUCUACACGACAUUACUCGGAUUCAUCAAUUUCAGACUUUAUACUUCUGUUGGUCUCGUCUACCCACCGAAAUUCAAUGCAGGCAGCGAUGAGCGCGGAGGAGAACUUGCGGCGUUUAUACUGGAGGGGAAAGGGUUGGACUCGGCACAGACUGUCGUCAAUGAUGCGGUAAAUGCGAACGGACAUGUGCCAAAAGCUAUCACCUCAGCAGCAGCGCAAGCCGAGGCAGACAAGCUCGCGGAGCUGCCAGCCCCCGAAGAGGAGACUGAGGACUCUACAGCAUUAGUUGCCGCAAAUGGAGAGGAGGAAUCCACAGAGACCAUUGAUACGUUCGAGGUUACAGGUCAAGAUGCGGAUGUUUUGCCGCAGCCACAAGCUACCGGGGUGGAAACCUCGACUCUUUUCUCACCAUUCACCAUCUAUUUGUCCCGCGAAACUCCCCGGCAACCCCUCGAGUUCUUACUGAAGGCAUUUGGUUGUAAAAGAGUCGGGUGGGAUAGCAUUCUUGGCGAUGGCGCUUUCACGACCAAUGAAUUGGACCCAGCCAUCACGCAUCAGAUCGUCGACCGACCCCCUCUUCCAAGAGAGUCGUUACCUGCUGUUCCUGAUGCUGCCCCAGCUACAGCAGGCGAGGGUGCUGAUGCUAAGCCAGCAGUAGGGUGGCCGCGCUCUACAGUUCCAGGCCGAACCUACGUUCAACCGCAGUGGGUUUGGGACUGCGUGAAUCAGGGCAAGCUUCAAAGACCUGAUCUGUAUUCUCCUGGGGCUACACUACCCCCUCAUCUUAGCCCGUGGGUCAAGCCCAAGAAGGGCCAGUACGAUCCAACCGCGCCACUCGCCGAGCAGGAGCUUGAAGGCGAGGCGGAGGAAUUCGAGGAGGAGGAAGAACAGAUUGAAAACGGUCAAGAAGCUGAAGAAAGCGAACAUGAGAAGGCCGCUCCACUCAAACUCAACGGAAAGCGAAAGUCACUUGAUGUACUUCUCGAUCGCGAAGGUUCUAUUGAGCCGGGUGAGGGCAUGGAUGUUGCUGGAUCUGUAUCCGAAUCUGAAGAUGAAGAUGAGGGCGAGGCACUGACGCCGGACGAGGAAUUUGACGGGUUUUCGGAGGAGUCAGAGUCUGAAGUUUCGGAAACCGAGGAAGUGCGACUGCAGCAUCAGCGCGAGCUCGAGGCGGAAGCCAGAGGUGUACCAGUGGAAUCUCUGAAUGGAAAUGUGCAGCCGAAGAGCAAGACGGCAGAAGCACGGAAGAAGUUCGCCAAGAAGAGGAGAGAGGAAGCUGAAGAGAAGGAGAGGCUGAAGAUGAUGCUCCCGCAGAAAAAGAGGAAACUCUUGAAUAGGAUCGAGUAUGGUGCGAACAAACGGGACAAGGAGUCUGAGCUCUUGAGAAAGAAGAGGAGAAAGAUUGAGUCUGUGAAAGGUGGCAAAUAGACAGGUCUUUCGGCUCUUCUUUAAGAUACCUUUUCUCGCGACGGCAUCGGAUGAUGGCGUUCAAGGAUUUCUGGGAGGCACGUGUAAACAUUUCGACUUUGCUUUUGGGGAGAAAUAAAAGUCUAUGUUGAGUAGCUAAAUAACAAACCUCACUGCAAGAGCUAGUGCUAUAAGUUGCUUCUCUCGUCCUUAUG